AUGCCUGGAGAAGCAGAGGUUGAGACCCCAGCCUGCAAGCCAGAGGAAAAGGCUUCAGAGCCUGCCAAGGAGCCCACCCCAGAACCUGCAGGAGAAGAGACAGUGACGGAACCCAAAAAACCAGCCUCAGAGGAGCCUAGCCCAGGACCCCCUGCAGUGUCUAAGCCCCCACCUGCAAGUGAAGAUCUCCCCAGCUGCCCAUUGCUGGUGACCGUGGAGGAUGUGACUGACAGCUCAGUGACUGUGAGCUGGGAACCCCCAGAAAGCCUAGGACGGCAGGGAAUAAAGGGUUACAUGCUGGAAUAUCGUCUAGAAGGAGCCUCUGAGUGGGUACCUGCGAAUGCACAGCCCAUGAUGGUCACCCAGCAUACCCUGCGGAACCUGGCUAUAGGAAACAAGCUCUUUUUUCGAGUAUCCGCCGUGAGCCCAGAGGGUGCUGGCCCUGCUGCUGUCUUGGACCAACCUGUCCAUAUCAAGGAGUUCAUUGAGGCCCCCAAGAUCCGAGUCCCCCGCUACCUGCGCCAGACCUACAUUCGCAAGGUUGGGGAGGUCAUCAACCUCCAGAUCCCUUUCCAAGGUAAGCCCAAGCCUCAGGUCACCUGGACCCAUAAUGGCCAUGCCCUGGACACACAACGUGCAAAUGUGCGGAAUGGGGAACAAGACUCCAUCCUCUUCAUUCGCUCAGCCCAGAGGACUGAUUCAGGCCUCUACGAGCUCAGUGUCCAACUGGAAGGCCUCGAGGCCAAAGCCGCGAUUGACAUCUUGGUGAUCGAGAGACCUGGGCCCCCCAAAAGCAUCAAGCUGUUGGAUGUGUGGGGCUUCAAUGCUGCUCUGGAGUGGACGCCCCCGGGGGACACUGGCAACACAGAGUUACUGGGCUACACGGUGCAAAAGGCAGAUCAGAAGACAGGGCAAUGGUUCACAGUCUUUGAGCGCUGCCACCGGACAAGCUGUACAGUGUCUGACCUCAUCAUUGGCAACUCCUACUCCUUCCGGGUCUUCUCAGAAAACCAGUGUGGCCUGAGUGCCACCGCCCCUGUCACUGCCGAGCUUGCCCACAUCCAGAAGUUGGAUACUGUUUGCAAGAGAGAAGGCAUCCCAGAGAGAGACUUCUCAGAAGCCCCCAAGUUUACCCACCCCCUGGCAGACCACACAACCACCCCUGGUUACAGCACCCAGCUCUUCUGCUCUGUUCGAGCAACCCCCAAGCCCAAGAUCAUCUGGAUGAAAAACAAGAUGGACAUACAGGGUAACCCCAAAUACCGGGCCCUUAGCGAGCAAGGCGUCUGCUCCCUGGAGAUCCGGAAGCCCAGCCCAUUUGAUGCAGGCGUUUACACCUGCAAGGCCAUCAAUGCCCUGGGCGAGGCAUCUGUGGACUGUCGGCUGGACGUGAAAGGGCACUUCUCCUUCUCCCCCCAGGCCCAUAGCCUUCGAGCCUCUAACAGCGGGAAUCUCUUACAGCUUCUGCCACACACUGAAGAAUACCAGCAGCUCCAGACUGAAAGGCACCCACCACCACCACCAUCAUCCGAUGGGCUGCACCAGCUCCCCUCAGUCUGA